CACGACGUGGAGAUGGUGGGCCAGCUCGUGGGCAUCAUGGUGGUGUCGUGCAUCUGCUGGAGCCCGCUGCUGGUGUUGGUGGUAUUGGCCGUUGCGGGCUGGGGCUCCAGCUCCCUGCAGAGGCCGCUGUUUAUGGCCGUGCGCCUCGCCUCGUGGAACCAGAUCCUGGACCCCUGGGUGUAUAUCCUGCUGCGCCAAGCCGUGCUGCGCCAACUGCUUCGCCUCCUGCCCCGGAGGCCAGGCGCCAAGGGCAGCCUCGCGCUGGGUCUAACCAGAAGCACCUGGGAGGCCAGCUCGCUGCGCAGCUCCCGGCACAGUGGCCUCAGCCACUUCUAGGCACACCCGGAGGCCCAGCAACUAAGCCAGACCACUCCAUGCCGGGCAAGGUCCGCAGCGCGGAGCCUACGAGGAAUAAAGCCAUUUUGCGGACCAGCCCA